AUGAGUGCAAGCAAAAGAAGAUUAGUUAAAGAACUUAGCCAAUUAGUUACUGAACCACCAGCAGGUGUUCGUUUACUCCAAGAAGAAAAUUGUGAUUCUCUUAGUUGUUUAAACACACUUUAUGAGGGCGAAGUUUUUCAACUUCAAUUUAAAUUUGAUGAUCAAUAUCCAUUUUCUUCUCCUGAGGUUACUUUCAUUGGUGAAAAUAUUCCUGUACAUCCACACGUUUAUUCAAAUGGACAUAUUUGUUUGAGUAUUUUAAGCGAUGAUUGGACACCGGCUCUAAGUAUUUCUUCUGUUUGUCUUUCAAUUCAAUCAAUGCUUUCUUCUUGUAAAGAAAAGGCGCUUCCACCAGAUAAUACCUUUUAUGUGAGGACAUGCAAUAAAAGUCCAAAUAAAACUCGUUGGUGGUUUCAUGAUGAUAAAAUUUGAAAGAGUAUAUGAAAAAUGGUUGUUUUAUUAUUUUUGAGAGGCUAGUGAC